AUGUCCCUCACCAACGGCAAAGUAACAAGUUCAGAGCCCCUCGCUUCAGCUGAAGGACAAUGGAUUAAACUAGUCAAGUUAACAUAUAACGAUUCUAAGAAUGAAACGCGCACUUGGGAAUCCGCCGAGCGGACAACGCGCGCCAAAGGCAGCGGCGUCGACGGCGUUGGCAUUCUCGCCAUUCUUGAAAAGCCUACAGGGCCCGAGAUCUUGCUGCAAAAGCAAUUCAGGCCUCCCUUGAACAAGAUCACCAUCGAGUUGCCUGCCGGUUUGGUUGAUGAGGGCGAGAGUGUGCAGGAAGCUGCUGUGCGCGAGCUCAAAGAGGAGACGGGGUUUGUAGGCACCGUCUCAGAGAUGUCACCUAUCAUGUUUAAUGAUCCGGGAAUGACCAAUACGAACACGGCGAUUUGUUCAGUUCAAAUAGACACCACGUUACCUGAGAAUCAGGAUCCCAAGCCGAGUCUAGAGGACGACGAGUUUAUCGAGACAUUCACAACCCCUUUGGCCACCCUGUACUCAGAGUGCAAAAGACUGGAAGCUGAAGGCUAUGCAAUCGAUGCGCGCGUCGGAACUUUUGCGCAAGGCAUUGAAUUGACAAAACGGAUGAACUUGUAA